AAUCAGAGCAUUGAGCAAUGGAAUUCCCAAAUCAAAGAAACCACCAUCACCGUCAUCAUGAUCAGAGGGGCGAGGAAGAAAGAGAGAAUUACCCACCACCGGGAUCUAGGCUGUCUCCUUUUGAUCAACCUCCACCUCCUCCAAGACCUUCCUACUAUGGAGAGGAUCAACAUCCACCACCACCACGUUCCUACUACAGAGAAGAUCAACCACCACCGGAUUCACACUACGAAGCAGAUAGACCACCACUGACCCGUGUGAGCCAUGUGUCCCACUCUUCCCAUGGUUUUGCACCUCCAAGUCCACCCUCCCAACCCCAAGGCUUUCUCCACCACCCACCACCAGUGCAGAAUUACAACUACCCAUCGUCACAAGCUACUCCAAGUCCACCGCCUGUUACCGUGCACCAUGUUGCUCACCAAGUUCACCAUGAAUCCCCUGCUACUCAGUUUGGAACUGAAACCCGUCAGACUUCUCAUUUGCCCUCUUCCUCUCCCAAAAACUCUUACCUCUCGAACAAGCCCACUUUCAGAAUCUUCUCAAAGGCCGAUCCCAAUUUCUCUCUCAGCAUCAGAGAGGGCAAGGUCAUUCUUGCCCGAUCCCAACCAACCGAUGACUUCCAGCGGUGGUACAAAGACGAGAAGUACAGUACACAGGUGAAGGACGAAGAGCGCUUCCCUUCCUUUGCUCUCAUCAACAAAGCCGCUGGCCACGCCCUGAAGCAUUCCAUCGGAGCCACUCAGCCUGUGCAGUUGAGGCCUUAUAAUCCCGAUGAUCUUGAUGAGUCUCUACUGUGGACUGAGAGUGCAGACUUAGGUGACGGUUUCAGAACUGUUAGGAUGGUUAAUAACAUUCACCUUAAUCUGGAUGCUUAUCAUGGUGACAAGAAAUCUGGGGGUGUUCAUGAUGGCACUACCAUAGUUCUGUGGAAUAAAAAUAAAGGAGAUAACCAGAGAUGGAAGAUUGUACCCAACUGAUCCUUUUGCAGUAAUGCUGCUAUGAGUUAUUGCAACAUCACGUGCUUAAAAAAAGUGUUAAAGUUUGGAAGACUCCUAGUUCUCAUGGUGAGGUAUUUGAGUUUUAAGUUUAUCAGUGUGAAACUAUUAAUGUGUGUUUAAGUAUCAAACUGUCAACUACUACUGCUGUGGCUCAUAUUUAUAAUAUGUUAUCGAAAAUAGAGAGUUGAUUAUGUAUUUAUAAUCUAUCGAAAUAAUUAUCUACUAAUUUUCAACAAUUUGUGCAAUGCCUAAAGUUUUUCGCUGUCA